AAAAAGAGCUAACCCAAGAGACUCAUGAAAAGGACAAGAAGCUCACAUGAGCCGAACCAUAUCAUUCAUGGGCCCCUACGUUUUACUCACUAUUCAUCACUCCCUCUCUCUCUAACAAAUCCUUGAUCCGUUGUCUGAAUAAUUUCAAAGCCACCAUCUUCUUCUUCACUCAUCACUAGAGAGAGAGAGAGAGAGAGAGAGAGAGAGAGAGAGAUCAGCUUGUUAGGCAGGAAUCCAAUUAACUCCGAGAUUCGUUUUUUGGAGUCAACGUCGAGGGAAGAACUACAUCAACAAACAGUGUUCUUCUUGGAUUUGUGUCUGCAUAUAGUUUGUUCUAAUUCUAGGGUUUUUAUCUUUCCUCUUUCUGGUCAAAAAAAGAAGGCACCGACCGUCUGAAACCCGCCGGACUUCAGGGAAAGGAUCGAAAUUCAACCCCAGGAAUAUAUCCCGAAGCAUGCCGCGUCUACAUCUCUCUCUUCUGAGAUCUCGAGUUGGGUAUCACUCAUCACUAUGAUCAAGAACAAGAAUCCAAUAUCAAUAAUCCAAGAACAAGAAAAGGGUUCAACACUCUUCAUCAAGAAACACUGAUCCGUCUCGUAUACCGAGCAAGAACCAAGAUCGCGUCGAAAACUCGGGUAAUUCUCAUGGAUCUAUCACUAGGGACCACGAGCUCGGACCAAGAACAUGACAGAGAUCAAGAAAUGGCGGACAACAACGCGAGCAUACUGAUUCCGGUGGAGAAGGAACACAUGUUCGACAAAGUCGUGACGCCGAGCGACGUGGGGAAACUUAACCGCCUGGUGAUACCGAAGCAGCACGCGGAGAAGUACUUCCCGUUGAACUCAUCCAGCAGCCAAAACGGCACGCUGUUGAACUUCCAGGACAGAAACGGCAAGAUGUGGAGGUUCCGUUACUCGUACUGGAACAGCAGCCAGAGCUACGUCAUGACCAAGGGAUGGAGCCGCUUCGUCAAAGAGAAAAAACUCGACGCCGGAGACAUCGUGUCGUUUCAACGCAGCGUCCGGACCGAAUCCGCGAAAUCAAGGCUGUUCAUUGACUGGAGGCACCGUCCCGACAUCAACCUCGUACAGAACCCAGCAAUACCCUCCUCUUCACUCCUCCAUCAUAACCAGUUCGGUAAUUUCAACUUCAAUUUCAAUUUCAACUUUCCGACGCCGGUCCAAGGCAACAGGCUACCAGAAUAUUCCGUCCCUCGGGGCUUGAACUUUGGUGUCAGUAGUAAUUCGUAUCAUCAGCAGCAUCAGUACUACCGUCAAGAACGAGAGAUCGUAGGGUAUGGAUAUGGUAGUUUGGUCGGGCGAUGCUGGCCGUUGGAUCAGAGGAACCCGAGUGGAUCAGAUCGGUUGGUGAUCGACUCGGUCCCGGUGGUUCCCGGAAGGAUAACUCCGACGGUUAUGGCCCCACCGCUGCCGCCGGAGGGGGCUGCCGCGGGGAAGAGGCUGAGGCUGUUCGGGGUGAACAUGGAGUGUGGUACGGACGAUCACCAUUCUUCUUCUUCAUCAGGGAGAGAUAUGGUGGAUGAAUCAUGGGAACGAGAAGGCGGGUGUGGCGAAAUGGGUGGAUCGUCUUCUUCUCCUUCAGCUCUAAGGCUAAGCUUGUCAGGCGAUGAUGAUCAAUUUGCAAAGAAAGGGAAAUCUCUGUGUUCUUUUUCUCUUGAUUUGGAUCCAUGAUAAGCGGUAUCUUUCUUCUUCUUUUUUCAAAUGAUCUUCUUCUGAGAUAAAAUGGUCGAUAUAAUCUAAUUGCGAGGGGAAUUAGAUUCUAGUGAGAAGAGGGUUCAUGCGAGAAUCAACAUCUUUCGGUUUUUUCCCCUUUCUUGUAGAGUUUUUGUUUCAAGUUGUUUUUGAUAUCCAGUGUUUUAGGGGCUUGUUGGAAUGUUGAAACUCGAAUCUUGCAAUUGUGUAUAUAAAUAUUUAAGAAGAUGAAAUUAUGUUCAUUUAUC